AUGGGGAACACCGACAGUCACAUCGUCUCCGCCGCCGCCUCCUCCUCCAGGUGCUCCUCCUCCAGGAAGGAGGAGGCGCCGUCAGCUCGCAGCUGGUGGAGGAGCAGCCCGGGCAGGAGCUGUGGGAGGAGCGGUCAGAACCAGAACUCCUCCUGGCGCUACGAGCAUGGACCCAGAGGAGGCGGAGAGGGAGUCGGUGGCGAGCGGGCGCCCCUGGAGAGCGGCGGCAGCCCCAAAGUGCUGCUCAGCAAAGAUGGCAGCAUGAGGGUGGAGUUCAGCAGCAGCAGGGUCGAGCCCAUGGAGCAGCCGGGGUCCACCGGCCCCCCCGCCAGCUCCACCGCAGCCGCCUCCUCAGCUGCCGAACCCGUCCUCCGCACCAGCCAGGGCAGCUCGCUCAGCUCCGACGGCUCCUGGUACGACUCGCCAUGGGGGGGCAGCGCUGAGCUGCUGGACAACGUAGAGGACGUCUCACCUGGAUUUAGCUCCGCCCUCCUCUUCCGCGCCGCAGGCUACAACACCUGCUCCUCCCGCCGGACGGAGGACAGCGGCGUCGGCGACUCCUUGAUCCUGCAGCCGGACCCGAGAGGCUUCAGCCUGGUGUCGUCCCCGGCGGCGUCCCUGGACAGCGUCUACAGCAGCCCCCCCACGCUGCCCGCCUUCCCCACGCCGCCAGCCCCCCCACGGGCCGCCUCCUCCGCCACGCUGCUGGAGGACGUCAUUCAGGAGGAGGCGGGUGCAGGUGGGGGGGCAGAGCAGCGGUUCUCCUCCCUGACGCUGCCUUGCCGCAGGGCCGGGUCCAUCAGCUCCGCCCCCCCCACCGGGAACAAUCGCAAAGAUUUCCUGAAGAGCAGAAUCCGACAACUGAGCGACUGGACAGGAAGUCUGAGCAGGAAGAAGAGACGCAUCCAGGAUCCCAGUGAGCCGGUCGGUCGCAGCGCGGCGUCGACCUCUGACCUCCUCCACCCUCCCUGUGGCUCCAGAGGCCUGAACCACAUCAGUGACGCCCAGCGACAGAACAUCUACGAGAACUUCAUGCAGGAGCUGGAGACCAGCUGCAGCGGUGCAGCCGACCAGGCGGAGCUGUCGGAGGAAGAAGAGGAGCAGGAGGACGAGCAGGAGGACGAGGACAUGGAUGGAGGGGUGGAGCUGGGAGGCAUGGAGCAGCUGGACGUCUUGUUCGAGAAGGAGCAGGGCGUGGUGCGAAGGGCCGGAUGGCUUUUCUUCAAACCUCUCAUUACUGUCAACAAGGACGGGAAGAUGGAGCUGGUCGCACGCCGCAGGUGGAGGCAUUACUGGGUCACCCUGAAAGGUUGCACUCUGCUGCUUCACGAGACGUACGGGAGGAGCAGCGGCACCGAGCGCGACCUUUCACCUCGUUACGCCCUGCUGGCCGACGACAGCAUCGUCCAGGCCGUCCCCGAACAUCCCAAGAGGGAACACGUCUUCUGUCUCAGCAACUCGUUCGGAGACGUCUACCUGUUCCAGGCGACCAACCAGACGGAGCUGGAGAACUGGGCGACCUCCAUCCACUCUGCCGGCGCCGCCCUGCUGGCGAGGCGUCAGGGGAAGGAGGACACGCUGCGCCUCCUGCGGUGCCGGAGCCGCUCGCUGCUGCACAAGAUCGACAUGGACGGAAAGAUGAAGAAGAUGGCGGAGCUGCAGCUCUCCGUCAUCAAGGAGCAGAAGAACAGGAAGGCCGUGGAGAGCCAGAUCAAGCAGUGGGAGCAGAACCUGGAGAAACUGAACCUGGAUCUGUUCCGGCUCAAGUGCUACCUCUCCAGUCUGCAGGGCGACGAGCUCCCGAACCCAAAGAGCCUCCUCGCCAUCGCCAGCCGCGCCUCCAAGAGCCUGCUGGGGCGCCUGGGGGUCUUCUCCGUGUCCUCCUUCCACGCACUGGUGUGCAGCAGAGACGAGGGGACGCUACGACGGCGUGGUCGGUCUCUGUCGGGGGGGAACCACCGGUGGGGGGGGCUGCCGUCCUCUCUGAAGGCUCUGGACGGGCUGGACAGAAGCAGAAGUCUCUCUACGUCCCAGAGACUGGACUGUGAGGACAAACAUGGGGAGGUGCUGCCCUCUGCAGGACGUCCUGCAGCUGUACAGAUGUGUGAUGAAGGUUCCGUCCUCGGCAGCUUCUCGCUGCACAUCUGUCGAGACGACGCUGGACGAGACUUUGGCUUCGUGGUCACGGGACACUUGGACGGCGCCGGGAGGAGUCACGUGCACGUCAGCGAGGUGGAUCCGCUGGGACCCUCCGCCAGAGAAGGCCUCAGGGCCGGAGACGAGGUGCUGGCGGUGAACGGGGCGUCUGUGUCCGGACUCGACUUGGACCUGAUGCCGAGUCUCUUCAGCCACCAGAAGCUCCAGCUGCUGCUGAGGAGGGACGAGUCGCCUGAGGAGGAACCCGGGGAACCUGCAGGCCCCUGGGAGCCCGCGGCCCCUGACCUCCCCCCCUCUCCCGGGUUCGAUGACGCUGACCCGACAGGACAAAACAUGGAGCGGGUUUAUUCUCUGUACCAGAUCUUCCCAGAAGGCCGAGCUGCAGACGCUGAUGUUCCCCAGAACCCGUACAGCAGAGAGGUCACCCUGCAGCCGGCAAGCCCCGCCCACCUGAGCGUGUGCCAGCAUCUGCGUAAAGUCAUCCAGGAGCUGGUCGACACGGAGAAGUCCUACGUCAAGGAUCUGGUGUGUCUGCUGGACGUCUACCUGACGCCGCUGCAGACGGAGACGUUCCUCAGCAAAGCAGAGAUGGAGGCGCUGUUCGGCAGCCUGCCGCAGAUGCUGGACUUUCAGAGAGUUUUCCUUCAGACUCUGGAGGAGAAGAUCUCCUCGUGUCCCAACAUGAGUCGCCUGGAGACACCUGAACAGUUCAAGAAACUCCUCUUCUCGUUGGGAGGAUCUUUUCUUUAUUACGCCGACCACUUCAAACUCUACAGCGGCUUCUGUGCCAAUCACAUCAAAGUGCAGAAGGUCCUGGAGCGAGCGAAGACAGACAGAGCCUUCAAACACUUCUUGGAGACGAGGAAUCCGACCAAUCAGCACUCUUCCUGUCUGGAGUCGUACCUGAUCAAACCGGUUCAAAGGGUUCUGAAGUAUCCACUGCUGCUCCGGGAGCUGGUGACCCUGACCCCCCCCGAGAGCCCCGAGCACACACACCUGACAGAGGCCCUGAGGGCGAUGGAGAAGGUGGCGAGUCACAUUAACGAGAUGCAGAAGAUCUACGAGGACUACGGCUGCGUGUUCGAUCAGCUGACUGCGGAACAGGGCGGAGCCGACACACAGGUCACGGACGUGUCGAUGGGAGAGUUCCUGAUCCACUCAGCUGUCGCCUGGUUGAAUCCUCUUCCCUGUGUGGGUCGAGUGAGGAGAGACCCACAACUCACACUGUUCGUGUUCAGACGAGCCGUCAUCCUGGUUUAUCGAGACAACAACAAACUCAAGAAGAGGACGAUGAGCUCCCGCUCGGCUGAUCACGACCCCUUCAGGUUCCGCUGGUUAAUCCCGGUGUCAGCGGUUCAGGUCAGACCAGCCAACACCACAGGCUCAGAGAACCCGUGUGUGUGGGAGCUGGUUCACAGCAGGUCGGAGGUGGAGGGUCGGCCGGAGACGGUGUUCCAGCUCUGCAGCAGUGGUCUGGAGACGAAGGCGAGCGUCCUGCGAGCUCUGUCCUCCGUCCUGAGGGAGCGGGCGCCGGCCGGCUCGCUGAGGAGGUGCAGGCCGGCCACGCCCCAGAGGAGCAGCUCCUGGAGGAGGAGGCAGCAGAGGAGUCGUGCCGCCGCCCAGAGGACGACUCCUCUCCGGGCGCCGGAGGAGAGCAGGUGCAUCCUGGGAGACACCUGCUCGGAGCCGCCGCUGCCCAGCCACGCCGCGGCCGACCCGGCGGGGAAGAGGACCCGACUGUUCUCGCUGACCGGCGAGCUGGAGGCUCAGCUGCAGAGGCUCAACGUCACGGAGGAGGCGGAGCGUCGAGCCACGACUUCCUGUGGCGACCGGAGGACCGCCGAGAAGAGGCGGAGCUCCAGUCUGCAGCCACGCCCCGGAGGAGAGGCGUUGGACCUGCUGGACAGAGACUUCAGUGUUCACAGCAUGACGUCCAUGAUCAACGAGGACUGCUUCUACGCCCUUCAGACGCCUGCUGCUCCCUCACCACAGGGGGGGCAACCUCCACUGAGUCACGUGCUCCCACUCAACCAAUCACACUGAAGCUCUCACACAGAGCAUCUGAUUGGCCGGGAGACUCACACCUCGAUCUGGAAAAACACACCUCCAACUUCGCAAAACGCAAAACUGAAGUUUCCACUUUAAAGUGAAAAUCAAACUAAGAUAAUAAGAAAAGUUCUAAUGUUACAGGAGAGCUCAUAUCGGCAAAACAUCGUGAAACCGGUAAAUGGAUCCGGUUCUUGUUGGGUUCAGACAUUCUGAGGUUUCACUUCAGCGUGAAUCUGGAGUGAAAUGUUCCUCGGACCACGAUCCAGGUACAGUCCGACCAGAAGAGGAGUUCUGGUUCUGGAUCAAAGAAGAACUCAACAUCCUUUCAGAAAUCAAACCUUUUCCAGAUCGACUGAACAGAAUCAUUAUUUUACUUUUUCAAGUUGACGAGAUUGAACAAUGGAGGAAUAUUUACAUUUUUAUCAGGGGUCAGUUUUUAAAAAUCUCUCUGUGUAGAUUUAACUGAUUUUAAACUGUUUUCUCCGAAUGACGGAUCCAAAACAUUUGUGAAGGAUUCGUGUUCAGGACGAAUUUUGAACUGAACCCGUCUUUAUUUUUCUGUUUUUCUAUUUUUUCUCUCUGUACAGUUUAUUUUUUCUGUUGUAGUUUGAAUCUGAAUCUCUGGAGCUGCUGGAUCGGAGUCUUUGUAAAUCUGAAUUAUUGUAUUUAUAUAUUUUGUGUUUCAGUUUUGUGGCUGCGGAUCCAG